UUUGCCAGCUCAUCCCCGUACGCUCUCCCGAGAUCCGAGCUCUCUGUGAUCUCUUCCCCGGGGGCGCGCCAGUCACCGGCACGGCGGCACGCACGCGGGCGGCUGCGAAAAUGGCCGACGACUCCGCCGCCUCCGCCUCGACCCCAGUGUCGGCGUCCCCCACCCCGUCCCGGCCCACGGAUCCCGACUUCCUCAGCUGCGUCCUCCAGCCCCCGAUCCCCUCCUCCUCCCGUCCGGACCCCGACUACGCCGCCCUUCGCCGCCUCCUCCUCCGCCGCAAGUCUCCUUCCGCACUUCAGCACCGCAUGGACUGGCGGUGCAACGGCAAGGGCUACGUCGCCUACCGCAACUUCCUCCUUCGCCGUCUCGAUGGCGGCGCCGCCUCCAGCAGUGCCCACAGCACGCCCGGCAACAGUGGGAGGUGGUUUCCUGGACAUUCUACAUUUUCUGAAGCAGACAGCUGGAGUUCUCUUCGGGACCUCAGAAGUAAUAGUGGGAUUUUAAGCCGGACCGCAAGCGUCAGCUCAAAGCAGAGUGAUUCUGAGCGCCAUGUCAGAUUUGCUGAACCUGCAUACUCGUUUGUGGGAAUGCAUUGCAUUUUUGACAACUGCAAAGCAUCAGUUACAAUAUUGAAAUUUGGCCGUGCCAAUUCAGAUCUGCUUGCUUAUGGUUCAGCAGAUGGCAGUUUGACGGUUUGCCAGGUUUCUGACCCACCAUCUGUUCUUCAAAAAUUAAUAGGGCAUUCUAAAGAUAUUACAGAUUUUGAUUUUUCAUCUAAUAACCAGUACAUAGCUUCAUGCUCCAUGGAUAAAACUAUGAGAGUAUGGGAGAUCUCUAAAGGCACUUGUAUCAGGGUUGUAUAUGGAGUUUCUUCCCAGCUAUGCAUCUGCUUUCAUCCUGUGAAUAAUAAUUUGCUGUUAGUUGGCAAUGCAAACAGGGAAAUCAAUGCAAUCAAUUUUAGCACUGGGAGAGUAAUCAGCAAACUCACCUUUGAUAACGCGGUUACAGCUUUGGAUAUUGAUCACACUGGUCAGCUUAUUUUUGCUGGUGAUGCGCAGGGUUACAUAUAUACUGUUAGUGUGAACUCUCACACAGGGUCAUUAUCUAGAACUCAUAAGAACAAGAGUUGUAAGACCAAAUCUUUGAUCACGACCAUCCAGUACCGCACCUUUUCUCUGGUAGCACGUUGUCCUGUACUUCUAUCUUGUGCUCAAGAUGGAAACCUCUAUUUUUUCAGCAUUGCAACAAAUGCCCAUGGAUACUUGACUGUCAUAUGCUCUCUAAAGUUGGCCUCGCCAGUGCAGAGUAUCCGUGCUUCUUUCUGUCCACUUCUUUCGCUUGAAAAGGGGGAAUUCAUAGUUACUGGCAGUGGGGAUUCAAAUGUUUACUUCUACGAUUUGGCACGGCCAAAAAGUUCAUGUGUAAAUAAACUGCAGGGACAUGGCUCUCCAGUACAUGGAGUGGCCUGGAAUCAUGGGGAGAAUUUGUUGGCCUCGUCUGAUUCGGACGGCACAGUCAUUGUAUGGAAAAGAGCAAAAAGUAAUUAGAGAGGGACUCUACAUCCCAACGAUGCUUGUAUACAUCAAUUGUAGAGGCUGAUACAUGGUCCGAACAGAGGCACCGUGUACGCAUAUUGUACCUUCCAUCAUGUUGUUUGUAACAUACCACAAGGCUCGGGCAAAGAACAUGAUCCGGCCUUCAAUUUUAUUUACGGAAGUAUAGGUCUCCCAGUGGAGUGUAAAUCUUUUUUUUUUGUUGGGUGUAUCCUGUAUCAUUUCAUGAUUUUGGCCCCAGUUAUAUUGAUUUUGUUGUUCAAUGUUGAAAGGUAUAGCGGAAACAGUAUUGGAUCUUCCAAAUCCAAUUGAUGAAACAA